UUGUUCAUGUCUUGCCCCGGCGUCACAUCGCUGCAUCCCGCGCCCCGUCACCCACUCGUACUCCGAGGAACUUUAACCCCACUCCUGUCACCUCCCUAGUUCGUGCCUCCAAGAAUGGGACUGAUGCUUUCACUCGUAAUAUCAUACGCGGGAAUAAACGAAGCGAUAGAAUGCUUGAAGCACAUAAUUAGAGGUGUCGUGCCCGACGGCGAACCUAACUUUGAAGCACUAGUCGAAUACUACACGCGGCUACUAAAUAAAUCAUCAAACCCAUCGUCCCCCGGAGAAUGGAUAAAGGAAUGCGGCCAAGGAUAUCUCGUCUUGACGGAAGAUAAAAAUGGUUCACUCAAAUCCGCAGCUGUCAAAUAUUAUGGACAAACACGGUCGGCCGCCAUCUUGUUCUCCACCAAAAUCUCUAGUUUCGGUCAAGAAUCUGUCGAAGAGAAUUCUCAAGCUAACGGUGACUAUGGAGCAGAUCUAUAUACACCGACAAAAACUAAAACCAUUAUAUCAAAUACUUCCGAGUCAAUUAGUAUAGGAGGAAGGAGUAGAAUAACUACUCCUCAAAAUACAUUUGAUAACGAAGAAGAAUUAAAUGCAGCUAUUGAAAACAAAGAUAAAUUGUCUUGGCAUUACAAACCCCAAAGUCCAUCCCGGAAACCACUACCAGAAAUACAUUUCCAAUCAUACGACGCCGACAGGGACAGCACCGCUUACAGCGAUGAUUUUUUAAGAUCACUUGACGGGAUUAAGUUUCGCCCUUUACAACGUAACGACCCGAGCGGGCGUCGCAGAAGUUUUAGGAAACGCCAUUCUUCUUCAUCAAAUUCAUCGAGAGACUCAAAAGCAUCGCGAGACGAAGAAUUAAAAAUGUUUACUUCACUAGAGGAGGAAGAAUUUAGAAAAAUGAAUGAAAACGAGAACAUCGGAAGAUUCGGAAGCACGCCUAAUUUAUCGGCUCGUUCUUAUUCCAGAAGUCGAUCGAGAGAGAAGUCGAAGGAGAGAAGAAACGAUAGAUGGAGCACAGAAGGGUCAGUGGAUAGCUCGCCCAAAGCAGACGUUGAAGAGGUCAGACCUAGACUGAAAGAGGUGCCGAAAUUAGGCUCGUUCGUGGAAGAAAAAGACGAUAGCAAAGAUCCAAACGAGCUCAUUUUCAGCGGCGAAUACACGAAGGCGAUGAACAAGGACUGGCACAGCGGUCACUUUUGCUGCUGGCAGUGCGACGAGUCGCUGACCGGUCAGCGCUAUGUGCUGCGCGACGACCACCCCUACUGCAUCAAGUGCUACGAGAGCGUCUUCGCCAACGGCUGCGAGGAGUGCAACAAGAUCAUCGGCAUCGACUCCAAGGAUCUGUCGUACAAGGACAAGCACUGGCACGAGGCUUGCUUCUUGUGUGCCAAGUGCCGCGUGUCGCUCGUCGACAAGCAGUUCGGCUCCAAGCUUGAGAAGAUCUACUGCGGCAACUGCUACGACGCACAGUUCGCCAGCCGUUGCGAUGGCUGCGGAGAGGUCUUCCGUGCUGGCACUAAGAAGAUGGAGUACAAGACCCGGCAGUGGCACGAGAAGUGCUUCUGCUGCGUGGUGUGCAAGAACCCCAUCGGCACCAAGAGCUUCAUCCCGCGCGAGCAGGAGAUCUACUGCGCCGGCUGCUACGAGGACAAGUUCGCCACUCGCUGCGUCAAGUGCAAUAAGAUAAUAACUCAAGGCGGCGUGACAUACAAGAACGAGCCGUGGCACCGCGAGUGCUUCACGUGCACUCACUGCGACACGUCGCUGGCGGGACAGCGCUUCACGUCGCGUGACGACAAGCCUUACUGCGCCGACUGCUUCGGAGAGCUCUUCGCCAAGCGCUGCACUUCCUGCACCAAGCCCAUUACUGGUAUCGGCGGAACUCGCUUCAUCUCGUUCGAGGACCGACACUGGCACAACGACUGCUUCAUCUGCGCGCAGUGCAGCGCCUCACUCGUCGGCAAGGGCUUCAUCACCGACGGCCAGGACAUCAUCUGUCCCGAGUGCGCCAAACAGAAGCUCAUGUAAAUACCGCCCUCGCCCCGCCCUCGCCCGCCCUCGCCCCGCCCACACGCACACACAACAUAUAACAUUACUUCAAACUAUAUAUAUUUACGAUAAUAUCAUUGUACACAACGAACAACGAACAUCACAAGACACAACAUAUAAUAAAUAACAACGAUUUACUCGCGAUACGAUCCGAUCAUGUCUGCGUGAACAUUAACGCUUCACAUCUAAAUACUGAAUUUUUAAAUCAUCUUCAUUGGCGGUAGAUUUAAAUCUAACAUUUCGAUAGCACUAAAGCUAAUUUAUAAGGAGCUAAUAAAUGUGAUGCGAUGCUUGGACCACUCAAAAUGGUCAUUUUGUAAAAUCGUAAAUCUACCAAGAUAUAUUAUAUCUUCAUCUUGCCUAUUUACAAGAAAAUAAAAUAUUUUUAGAUGUUUUUGGUAGAAUUUAAUAGCUUUAGCCUCACGAGGACUCGCAGGCUUACAGCUUGGUGUGUUCCCGCUAAAUAUAUGAAAUCCUCACGAUGUUCUGUGCUUGUUGUGCAGCGACAAAACGAUCCUACCGUUAGUCGCUAAAGCGCGAGACUGGUGCGUGUUCCGAGAGCAGGGCCCCGCCCCCGAGACCCUGGACGACCUUCUACACAAAACCAAUUUCAGAAAGGUCUUCCCUAAAUAACAUCUGUACGAUAUUUUUAUAAAGAAAACUAUAAAAUAACAAAAAAAAAAUGUGGAUGCACAAAUAAAGUAUUUA